CCCUAUAUUAGGCGUAAGAGUUAAAAGUUAGAGAGUUUCUAAGUACGUCAACUUUAUAUUUUUCCUUUGUCCUUGCUAAUAAAUAAAUAAAUAAAAAAUUUUGGGUUUAUGUUAUCGUAUAAUAUGAUUAAGUUGAUAAACGUUAUUUGUUCCAUCAAAAUUUUCAUUGAUGUCAAUGUCAUCUGUGACAUUCGGCAAUCUCGAGUUUAAUGAAAAUAAUUUGAAAUGGUUACGAAACUAAACCGAGAUAUUCAACUUCAGUGGAAUUCUCCAGUGCGAUCUCCAGCGAUUUUUAUUUCACAAUGGGAAUACGGAAUAUUAUGAAAUCGAGAUGAUUUAAAAUAAUCGUAAACAAAAACAGGAUACAAAACAUAAAAUGGCGGAAAAAAAUCAGGCAGGCGGCGUCGUCCGUGACGUCACAGACUUGUUAAUGGGCGGCACUUCCGCCAUGUUUGCCACUGUAUUCACAAAUCCCAUAGAGGUCGUGAAAACCAGGCUACAAUUGCAGGGAGAAUUGGCGUCCAAGGGAAAACAUGCGGUGUUUUAUAAGAACGUUCCGCAUGCGUUGUACGUUAUCGCGCGAACAGAGGGCGCUGUGGCGCUACAGAGCGGCCUGCCAGCUAUGUUGGGCUUCCAGUUCUUUUUAAAUACAUUUAGACUAGGAGUAUACCGUAUAUCGGAGCGGCGUGGUCUCACGACGGUGGAGGGGCGCACGUCGCUGGUGCGCGGCGCGGUAGCCGCAGGGGUGGGGGGCGCGCUCGGCUCUAUCGCGGGGACACCAUUCUUCCUUGUGAAGACUCGUUUACAAGCGCAGGCAGCUGGAGCAAUAGCCGUGGGUCACCAGCACACUCACAGCGGCACCUGGAAUGCUUUAUCUGAUAUAUUUCGUAAAGAAGGAUUUAAAGGUUUAUUCCGUGGGGUGGGUCCCCAAAUCCCCCGUGGGGCGGUGGGCAGCAGUUCCCAAAUGGUCAGUUUCGCAUACGCCAAAGAGUGGCUCCGGGAUAAGGACCUAUGUAGGUCACCUCUCCUUCUGUCCUUCAUGGGCGCCAAUCUGGGAGGCAUCGUGAUGACCCUGUGCUUGAAUCCUUUUGACGUCAUGGCUACGAGGCUUUCAAAUCAACCGGUGGACUCCCAAAACCGUGGCAAACUAUACCGCGGUAUGGCGGAUUGUUUCAUCAAAAUGCUCAAGUCUGAAGGAGCGAGUGCCUUCUACAAAGGUGUAGGGGCUAACUAUCUGAGACUUGGCCCACAUACCGUCCUCUUGCUCGUUUGUUGGGAUCAAUUGAAAACGUUGGAAGACUAUUUGAGAAGUUGAGGAUUUAAGUGUAUAAGAGUUAUUUAGAUUUUAGGGAAGAUUUAUGUGUAACUCUAUAUUGAAAAUUGUGAUCCCUGGCUAUUUAGCAGUAUGCAAAACCUUGGGGAGGAACCAUAUAUACUGGGGAGUUACCUACUAUGACGUCUUAAAACAGGAGUAAUUCCAGUGAGGGAAAGUGGUGGGUGCUAGACGCCCUAUUUAGCUUUUUAUAUUUUUCACAUUGGAAUCACUCCUGCUGUAAAAGGUUACCAUAACGAACCGGAUCUAUUCACCAUCAUGAUAUUGGUUAUGAACAUUGGUAUCUUAUCCAACCAAAGAAUCGUUAAAUCAUAAGUUGUUAUUAUUAUAAAUAUAAAUCUUAAAUCCUCACGUCUUUACUCUUAAAUCUUGUAUUUUUUUUCUUUUUUCUUAGUGAUUUGUGACUUGGCCAAAAAUUAUAUACACAAGCAAUUAUAAUGAAUUAUAAUUUCUGUAUCACGAUUUUCAUCAUCAUUUCAAUAGUGGGUGGUCUUACGUUUUAAUUUUAAGAGUAAUCUUUACGAAUUUUCAUUCCAUUACGUGAUUGUCUUUCAUAACCUCAAAAAGAUACUAUUUUAAUUGUUAUUGUUUAAAGCGUUUUAUUUUAUUGAUAGAUAUAUUUAUACUAACAAAUGUUUUAUUUAAAUAAAAAAUUAAUGUUCUUUUAAGAUUUUUAUUAAUAAAUCAACCUAAAAUUACACUUAAACCUACAUUAAAACAGUCCAGUAUCCAGUCAAUAAGUAAAAGCUUUGAGCAGAGUUCUUUUCACCAUACCUAAUGUUAAAAUAAAAUCAAAUCAGAUUAUGCAGUGUAUUAAACAAUUGAAUAAAACUUAAAACUAAAUACAGUGCUCACAAAGCCUUUGUCGUAAAAAAAAUUUACAAAAUAUUUUAUUUUAUUAAGUACGCGAUACAGCCAAUUUUUUAUAGCUUAAUGAUGGACGUAUAUAUAAACUAGACAGAGGAAUUAUUACUGACAUCUGAUACCAUACCUUUUGGACGUUAUUUUAGAAGAAAUUUUUGUGGUGCCAAUAGAUUUAAAAAAGGGGAUUUCUUAUCGCAUUAUAAGGAGUCUAGUCUGCUCGGGUGUUUUAAUGUCUUUAGGAAUGUGAAGGGCCUUUAUUUGAUUUCAAACUUCUUGAUUGUAACUUUUAAAUGAAGCUCCUUUAUUUAGUGAUAUUAGUUUGUACAGAUUUUCAUGACAUCUGGGUAGCACAUAGGUUUUUUCUGUAGUAAAAAAGCGGGAAUGGAUGUAAUAUGGGUAAAACAGACUUUAUUGUCGCGGGUUACAAGCUCAAUUAUAGCUAAUUAGUAAUGAUGCCAGUAAUAAUUUAUUAUUGUACUUAUGAAACUCUUAUUUGCCUUAUUAAUUAAUGUCCCAUGAACGCAUUAUCACGAAUGGCAGUUUAAUUUUUUAAAUUCCGAAUGUAAUAAAAUACAAGUCUCCAUUA